AUCUUGGACGUUCGUUAAGCACAUAACCUGUAAAAAAUAAGAUAGCUUAAAUGAAUUUUCCGAAUAUUAUAAAAAAAUGACGCACUUAGUUAAUAAAUUAAAGUUGAGAGAGCUCGUGAAAUCGUCGGUUAGGUACAAGCAUGGACCGGAUCACUGGUCUGUACUUAAGAAAAAGAAAACCGCCAAGGAUAAAGCGCUACAGCAUUUUGAUGAAUUUUACGGGAACGUAUAUGGAGAUAACUGGAAAAACAUACGGGCUGCAUUAUUGAAAGAAAAUUCUAAAUAUGUAGCGGUGGUUAAUAAUUUCAGCGAUACAGAUAGAAUACGAUCUAAAUUGGAGUUGCUGGGUGCAAUUCAUUUGAAAGCACUAUACAAUGUAUAUAAGGAACAUCUAAAAAGUCAAUCGACAUCUAAAACUGUUCAGACAAAAGAUGUACGAAAUGUAAUGGAUACUCUUAUAUCUAACACUCAGUUGUCAGAACUUCAAUCUAUUUAUCCAGCUGAUCACCAACAUACUGCACAAGCAUUGAACACGGAAGAAAAUGAUGAGACCAUCACAACUAAUAAUGCACUACAACCUGUAAAGUUACAAUCUAUAGAAGAAGAAUUGAAUGAAAUUGAAUUAGACAAUGACCGUAUUAUUGACUCAUCUAUAAAUGUGUCUAUGCUUCAUGAGUAUAUACCUGCUACAAAAAUAAAAGGUAUGGAUGAUUGGGAAUUGGAAUCUGACCAUUAUAGGUUUUACAAUAAAGCAGCUGAUUUCAAAGUAGACAUUGUGAAAGAAUCUGUUCUGUCAUUUCCUGAACAUUUACAUGUAUACACUUUUGAAGAAGGAAACGACAGUAGAUUCCCAUCUCCUAGAAAGGGAUCUACUGGUGUUCUAGAUUAUUAUUUAUUUGACGGCGGAUCUAUACUACCAGUGUUGGCCCUUGAUAUAAAACUGGGCGAUGUUGUGCUCGAUAUGUGCGCUGCACCUGGUGGUAAAGCAUUAACUAUUCUACAGACACUCAUGCCUAGGUUGUUGGUUGCUAAUGAUAACAUGCAAUCUAGAGUAAAGAGAAUAGAAAAUGUCAUGGAACAAUAUGUGUCAGAUGUAUAUGAAACAGAAAAAAUGUUUUAUCUAACAGAAAGAGAUGCUAGAACAAUAGAUGAGAAAGAUGUGUAUGAUAAGAUUCUAGUCGAUGUACCGUGCACAACAGAUAGACAUGUGUUGCACACUGACGAGAACAAUAUGUUUAAACCCACUAGACUUAAGGAAAGACUAAAUAUUCCAGAACUCCAAUCUGAAAUUUUAACAAAUGCAUUAAAAUUAGUAAAAGUAGGAGGCACGGUCGUUUAUGCAACAUGUUCUCUUAGUCCUAUACAAAAUGACGGCGUUGUCCAUGUGGCACUGAAAAAGUCAUGGGAAGAAACUGAUUCAGUUAUGAUUGUAAAAGAUAUAACAGAAGCAUUAAUGCCUCUAAAGUAUAUCUAUAAAUUUGGCAAAAUUGGGCUAAAGUAUGGCAAUAUUGUUGUCCCUAGCCUUAGGAGUAAUUGGGGACCAAUGUAUUUUUGUAAAAUAGUAAGAGUACGAUAAAGUUUUGUUCCAGGGUUGCUCUUCACCGCUACCAAAAAUGGUAUAAACUAACGAUUCAACUACGUACAGCCCAACGGUUACAAAAAAUAUAAUCCUCCAGGCUCCUAUAGUUUGCUAUAAAUGGGGAAAAAAGAUUAAGUAGAAAAUAAAGUGUCUGUUAAAAAAGUAUAUAAAGAUGGCAGUAAUUCUAAA